AUGAAUUCUUUUAAAACGAUAAAAUCAUUUUUUAAUAAUAAUCAUUAUAAAGAUAAAUUAUUUUCUAAAUAUUUUUAUAAAUAUAAAUUAUUUAAUAAUUAUUAUUAUAAUAAUAAUAACAAUAUUAUUUCUUCGACUCGAACACUAACAUCAUCAUCAGUAAAAGGCUGGAGAAAAUAUGCACAACAAUUUCGUUCAAAACCUGCUUCAUACCUUUUUACUUUUGCAUUUUUACAUGAAAUAACAGCUGUGAUUCCAAUUCCUAUUGUGUAUAUUGCGUUAGAUACCACAGGCUUACAAGUGCCUUUUCCACAACAAAUAUUAGAUGAAGGUAAUAGGUUUAUUAAUCGAGUUGUAACAUAUUAUGGAUACGAACCAUUAGAAAAUGGUAGUAAAGUUGCAUUGAAUUUGGCCACUAGUUAUGCUAUUGUCAAGUCAAUAAUGCCAUUACGUAUAGCAGCUUGUGUGUGGAUGACACCUCGGGCUGCCGAGAAAAUUGUUAGCCCUAGUAUUUCAUUAUUUAGAAAAUUAAUUGGUAGGAAAUGA